UGAGCCGUUAUGGACUGUUGUUGUUGUUGUUGUUGUUAUUAUUAUUAUUAUUAUUAUUAUUAUUAUUAUUAUUAUUAUUUAGGGGCUGUGUCGUCUACUGUUCGGUCCACAGUUGAAUGUGUAGUGUGUGUUUGCGUGUGGGUUUGCUUCUCCCUCGCUCUCUCCCUGGUCCUCGGGCUGUUCACAGAAGUGCACGCCGUGGGAGGGGCGUGUCCUGGCGACUGUCGUCAUUGGGAGUCCCUCUUCACUGUUACCGGCCCACCUGCAGCUGAUUACCUGACCAGCUGUUGGUAAUCAUCCCUCCCUGCUGGAGAGAGGUAUUUAACCUGGACUCGCGGCGACAGUCGACGUGGGAUUAUUACUCCGAACUGGAUAGCCGAGCGGAGAAGCGAGUUGGGGAGCACACGCACUAAGGGAGCUACAGCACGGGACGCACUGGGAGCAGGAGACGAGCACCAUUGGAAUAUUGCACCUUUGAGUUUAUUGUUGGACUUACCUGUCUGGUCACUGUAAAUAAAGUGCACUGUGGCAUCGAAGAGUCCCGCGUUUUGGGUCCUACUUUCCUCGUCCCCACGGUCUGCAUGGCAGACCGUGACAGAAUAAUCCCACCAACCACCAUGGACCCAGCAGACUCAAGAGUUGCCACGGAGGAGGGAUCGCUCACACAGCUGUGGGGUUACUGCCAGAGCGUAACCCAGGCUGUGGAUCCACACAUGAGACACAUACAGGUAGUGUUUUUUGAUAAUUAUCUUUCCUCCACUACCUUCUCUACGAGCUUUCUGGAUAUUGAUAAACUCAUUCAAAUUAUAACUGAGCUGCGGGCAAGCUCCAGCUUCGAACUGUUUGGUUUGGGCUGUCCGGGCAAGGAGGAUGCGGCUGCCUCCCUGGCAGCCCUUGCUGCUUGGUUUUUUCUUCAUAGGUGGAGAGUUUUUCCACCACCGCUUGCUGCUCACCUAUUGGACCCUCCACUGCAGGGAAGACGGCGCCCUGCUCCAUCUCCUCUCGUUCCUUCAGCGUCCUCUGUGUCGGCAGACAAAGGAUCGGCAGCGCUGGUAACCACAGUGAGUAAACCGGACUCUGUCUCCUUACUUAAUCCAGUCUCUCACGAGCAGGAGGGGACAGAUUCCUUUGACGCGGCCCCGCCAUCACGAAAGAGACGGCGUCGGCGUCAUCUUCGUCAAACCGAAGCUCACCUCACUCCUGUGGUUUCGGAGGAACCAGCUGACUCAGGACUAGCCGCACAAGGAGCCGCAGACCCGGUGCUAGAACAUGAACCUGCCACUACAGGCAAUCAGGAGGCUGGGAUUCUCCCCAAGGCCUCCCCAGAGGCCGAACUGGAGACCUCAGUUGCCUCUGGCUCCCUGGACAUUGUAGAGCCCGCGGUAACAUGUUCCUCCUCUCUACCCUUCAUGUUAGCCAUAUCACCCUCUACUCAGUCUGCUGCCCAGCACGUAACUCAGUCUGCUGCCCAGCACAUAACUCAGGCUUUAGUCCAGUCAACCUCUCAUCUUCAUCCUCAGUUGGAGGCCGGUAUGCCUGCUGGACCAACUCUGCCAUCAUUUCACCCGUCUGUUGUUCCUGCAUCGCUGCCCAGUCUACCACGAGUAGCUGCCACACCAUCGUCACCUCCGCCCUCUGCAGCUACUUCUCCACCAGCGUCUCAUCAGACUGCAGCGACCGCAGCACUCUCGGCUUCACCAUCCACAUCACCCGCUCGACCAUCAUCUUCACCGCCUGCAGCUACCGCAUCACCAUCUUCGCCUCCGGAUCAACCAUCUAAGCCCGCGUCGCAGCCGGAGGAGCAGCUCAGCGAGCGGGGGGAGCCCGCGUCGCAGCCGGAGGAGCAGCUCAGCGAGCGGGGGGAGCCCGCGUCGCAGCCGGAGGUGCUUGCGCCGCCAGCUGUGGAGCUCAGCAAGCCGGAGGAGCUCGGCGAGCGGGAGGAGCUCGGCGAGCGGGAGGAGCCCGCGUCGCCAGCUGCGGAGCUCAGCAAGCCCGAGCAGGAGCUCGGCGAGCGGGAGGAGCUCGGCGAGCGGGAGGAGCCCGCGUCGCCAGCUGCGGAGCUCAGCAAGCCCGAACAGGAGCUCAGCGAGCGGGAGGAGCCCGCGUCGCCAGCGGUGGAGCUCACUCGGCGGCGGGAGGAGCCCGCGUCGCCAGCUGCGGAGCUCAGCAAGCCCGAACAGGAGCUCAGCGAGCGGGAGGAGCCCGCGUCGCCAGCGGUGGAGCUCAGUGAGCCGGAGGAGCUCAGCGAGCCCGAGCUGGAGCUCGGCGAGCGGGAGGAGCUCGGCGAGCGGGAGGAGCCCGCGUCGCCAGCUGCGGAGCUCAGCAAGCCCGAACAGGAGCUCAGCGAGCGGGAGGAGCCCGCGUCGCCAGCGGUGGAGCUCAGUGAGCCGGAGGAGCUCAGCGAGCCCGAGCUGGAGCUCAGCGAGCGGGAGGAGCCCGCGUCGCCAGCGGUGGAGCUCAGUGAGCCGGAGGAGCUCAGCGAGCCCGAGCUGGAGCUCAGCGAGCGGGAGGAGCGGCCACCAUCAAGAGAGGGGCUCGGCGGGCCGGAGAAGCGCGCACCGCCAUCGGAGCGCGCCGUCCACGCCUUCCACGUCCAGCGCGCCGUCCACGCCGUCCACGUCCAGCGCGCCGUCCACGUCCAGCGCGUCGGGGAUCCUGGGCCUUUCAACUCUGUCGGCCGCCGGAGCUGCAACACCGCCGCCACCGGACCCGUGGCAGGCCACCGGAGCUGUCACACUGCCGCUACAAGACCCGUGGAGGCCACCGAACCGUUUCGCCGUUGCUGCGGACCCAUGGCCGUCCGCCGGAGGUCCAGCGUUCCCUCCGAUGGACUAGAGGUAGGCCUCCGGAACUGUUUUCUGCCUCUGCCUACCUACAGCAGAUCUCACCUGUUUUGCCGCCCACCGGGUCGGUUGCCAGAACUAUGUCCGCUGCCAUUAGGGCUGGGGUUGGACUAA